AUUUAACCCCAAAAAAAUCCAUAAAAUUGUGAGAGAAAAUGCAACAGUCCCUUUGGACUCCGAUAGAGAGAAAUUGUCUCCAUCUUCUCCAAUGCAAGAAGCACUCGAAAGCCUCGGUCCUCCAAAUCCAUGCUUUCAUGCUCCGGCAUGCCCUCGACACCAACGUCAAUCUCUUCACCAAGCUACUCACCUGCUACUCCUCCCUCCUUCACGGGCACGUGCGGCGGGUGUUCGACGCUAGUCCCCACAAAGACGACGGGUUCCUCUGUAACAUCUUGAUCAGAGCUUAUGUGGGCGUACGCCAAUACGAGGAUUCUUUGGUUGUGUACAGAGAUCUCAAGAGGCACACUCGCUUUGUGCCUGAUAGUUUUACGUUUACUGCGCUGGUGAAGUCUUGUUCUUCUUCUGGGAUGUUCCUCUGGGAAGGGUUACAGUUGCAGAGUCUUGUUGUGAAGAUUGGGCUGUGCCUAGAUUUGUAUGUCUCGACGUCGUUCGUGGACAUGUACGCCAAAUGGGGCAGAACGGACUUCGCGAGGAAGGUGUUCGAUGAAAUGCCUGAGAGAAGCUUGGUUUCAUGGACUGCGUUGGUUGGUGGAUACGUGAAAUCAGGCGAUAUAAGUACUGCUAGGAAGUUAUUUGAGCAAAUGCCCGAAAAGGACCUUGCAGCAUUUAACUUGAUUAUUGAUGGGUAUGUUAAGCUGGGGGAGAUGGAGUCAGCUAAGCGAUUAUUUGAUGAGAUGCCAGAGCGGAAUGUGAUCACUUGUACCAGUAUGAUUUAUGGAUAUUGCCACGUUGGUGAUACUGAAUCUGCCUGCUUAAUUUUUGAAUCUAUGCCAGAUAGAAAUCUAUAUACUUGGAACGUAAUGAUUAGUGGAUAUUCCCAAAAUAAUCAACCCCAUGAAGCAUUGGGAUUGUUCCAUCAAAUGCAGUUGAGAGCAUCAAUACAACCUGAUGAAGUAACCAUUGUGAGCAUACUUCCAGCAAUAGCAGAUCUGGGUGCUCUGGAUUUGGGUAGUUGGGUCCACCAGUUUGUUCGGAAGAAGAAACUCGACAGGAAAACCAAUGUAUGUACUGCACUCAUUGACAUGUUUGCUAAAUGUGGCGCAAUUAGUGAAGCCAGAACUGUUUUUGAUGAGAUGCGCGAUCGAGAAUUAGCUUCUUGGAAUGCGCUGAUCAAUGGGCUGGCCAUUAAUGGCUGUGGGCAGCAAGCAUUGGAGAUAUUUUUGGAGAUGCAACGCAGUGGGUACAAACCCAAUGAGGUCACGCUGCUAGGUGUUUUAUCAGCUUGCAAUCACGCUGGUCUACUAGAGGAAGGGAAGAGGUGGUUUAAAGCCAUGGACGUGGAGUUCGGUCUUACACCUGAGAUUGAGCACUAUGGUUGCAUGGUUGAUCUAUUAGGGAGAGCAGGGUGCUUGGAUGAAGCGGAGAAUUUGAUCAACCAUAUGCCAUAUAAGGUUAAUGGAAUAAUACUAAGUUCCUUUCUCUUCGGAUGUGGUUACUUUAAGGAUGCAGCAAGGGCUGACAGGGUGAUAAAGAAUUCUACUAUUGCGGAGCCAUGGAAUGAUGGGAACUACGUAAUUUUGCGCAACCUUUAUGCAAUGGAGAGGAGGUGGAGAGAUGCAGAGGAAAUCAAGGGCUUGAUGAGGGAAAGGGGUGCAAAUAAGGAGAUUGGUUGCAGUGUUAUUGAGAUUGAUGGUGAAGUAAGGGAGUUUGUGGCUGGAGAUAGGAUGCACCCAAAGUGGCAACAUAUCCACUCAACUUUGGGCCGUUUGUUUGUGCACAUGGAGGAAUUAGAUACACAUGUAUAGUGGACUUAUAUUACUUGGAUCUAACAUGAUUGGAAUGAGUUCCUACAAGGAUCCCGUGAAUCUAUGUAAUUUUGAAUCCAAUGCAUAGGGGCUGAUGCAGGAUUUAGAUUGAGGCCGGGAUUCUUGAGGAAAAACAAGUGUUCAAUAUGAACGACAGUUGGCUGAGGUUGAGCAUGUAGGAAAUUCUGAUAGAAGGUCAAGAAUCAGGGGGGAUGUGCUUCCCUUUUUGCUACCUCUAGGUCCAUCUAUGCUGAUGCAAUUGAAGUGUUGAUUUCGGAGAUUAAUGCAAAGUUAAGUUGAAAGUCACGGGUGGGUAAGUGAGCUUCCUAGCAUGCUCGCUGGAUUGGUCAUGCAUGAGAAAGUCCGGAUCCUCAAUGAGCCCCACCAGGCCCAGUUGCCAAGCCUAUGUGGGUCUGACCAUAUCGUGGAACAUGCGCGGGAGCCGGUGGUUCAGUGUUCCAACCAAAUUGGGGUUGUAACUUUGUGUUGUUAGAGGUGAACAGCCUCUCUUUGGCUCAUGCAGAAUUCUACUUGGGCCGAAAGUGGGCAUUUGCACUCAGUUUAUGCUUUAGGAUCUGGAGUGAGCUUUGGGAUUGUCUUUCAUACUCUUCCAGCUCCGGGAAUCCUUGAUAUGAUUUUUUCCUGAGGAUCAUAUAUCUAAAUCACUACUACUCUAUCAGCCGAGGCCUUUCAUCUCAGUUUCAAUAUCCAAUUUGCCCAUUUUGAAAUUUCUUUCAUAAUGUCCUUUACCCACUAAAUGCAACUCCCACUAUACGGACAGUUACCACGUAUUCCCCCACUUUUCAUGGAGAGCAGUUAACCGCCUAACCCAGAAGCAGCUUCUACACCUCCACAGCAGCCGUGCUUCCGGCACUGCCUCUGACUGACGGUACUCCCCUCCAAGCUCCUCCCGCGGAAUCCCCCAGACCCGACCAGCUUCUCCAGCUCACAGCAGUGCCUACGCCUCCGCCUCCUACUGCCAUCCGCCUCUGUUCAGGUAAUCAUAUAAGCAGACUUGAUUAUUGCUUUUCCGACCAUCAGUUGCUCUCACAUAUAUCUCCCCUCAUAUUCUCACCACUCUCACCAUCUCUCAUUGGUUUCCGAUCUUAAUUUCUUCGGGCCUUUCCUAGAUUGGUUUGCCCAGGAAGUUGUCAGCCUUCAUUCACUGAUUCAAGACCAAUAAUUUCAAGCUUUGUAACUUGACAGUCUGCUUUCACUGGCCAAUAGAUAUUUUGGUAAUUGCAGUGGAUAUAGACCUUUGUUUCGUUGGAUUGGACACAGUUAGCGAAUACGGAAAGGUAUGGGGAGAACGGCCUUUGCUGUACCAGUUUAUGCUUUGGUCCUCUAGCUACUGUUGCAUCAUGAGAAAAUAGUUUUCCCAAGUUCAUACAAAAUGCUAUAUGUGGCUGCCUGUUCCGAAAGCUGUUCCGGAGGACAAGUGCAUCAACAUAUGCUGCUAAUGUUCAAUAUUACAGUUGCAUCCUCAUUUACUUGACUUGACCAUGCCUGCUUUUCUCAAGUCGCAGAAUUCUUUAUGCUCUGCAUUUAAACAAUGUCCAAUUGAAAUAGAAUUGUUUUCAGGCAUUCAUUUUCAGUCAGCUUACAUCUA